ACUUGACAUCCGUUUCUAGUCUCGUGCAAUUUCGGAAAUGGCUUCGAUGGGAAAACAAGGUUCUGUUUGGCCAAAAUGGCAAAUAGCGUUAGCUGUCGGUACUCCUUUAGCUAUUGGAUUAGCGUAUUGGUAUUUAAGAAGUUGUAAAUAUUCUAAAAAUGAAAAACCAAAAAAUAAAGAUAGUGAAAAGAAAAAGGAAUCCAAUGCUAUUGGAGCAGAAGGGGACCAAGAGGGAACUGUCUCACAGGAUCCAUAUGAAAAGGCUAAAAGUUACAAGAAUAAAGGAAAUAGAUUUUUCAAGGAUGGAAAAUAUGAAAAAGCAAUAGAUUGUUACACAGAAGCUAUAGAGAUUUGUCCUCCUUCAAAGAUAAAUGAUAUGGCAACUUUUUACCAAAAUAGAGCAGCUGCUUCAGAAAAUUUGAGAAAUUAUGAAGAAGUCAUAGAAGAUUGUUCCAGAGCAAUAGAAUUAAAUAAAACAUAUAUUAAAGCAUUGCUUCGGAGAGCUAAAGCUUAUGAGGCAACAAACAAACAUUGGGAGAGUUUUGAAGAUUUGACAGCUGUCUGUAUAUUAGAAAAUUUCCAAAAUAUGAACACACUUCAAACAACUGACAGAGUUUUGAAGACUUUAAGUAAAGCAAAAGCAAAAGAACUAGUGAACACACAACCAAAAGAACUGCCUUCAAAACAUUUUAUCACUAAUUACUUUAUUUCGUUUUGUGAUGAUCCUGUAUUAAAAGAAGUUUUGGAAUAUAAAAAGCAAGAAGGAAAAGAUCCAUCAAAAUUAAGGGGCUAUGAAUUAGUAAUACAUUUAUUGGCUGAAGAACAAUAUGAAGAAGUUAUUCCAGCUUGCACUGAUGAAAUUGAAAGAAAUGGUGAAAGAUUAGCAGAAGCGCUUCUUGUACGAGGCACUUUUAAUUUAUUGAAGUGUGAUAUGGAAGCAACCAAAAGUGAUUUAACAAGACUGGUAGAAAUGAAAGAAGCAAAUGUUAAGUUGCGUGUUAAUGCACUUAUUAAAAUUGGCGCCUUGAAAGUUCAGUAUGAACAAAUGGAAAAUGCUCUGAAAGAUUUCGAUGAGGCAAUCAAAUUGGAUCCCAAUAAUGCUGAUGUUUAUCUUCAUCGUGGUCAGGUAAGAAAUUAAAUAAAUAAAACCAGU